ACUUGUUAAAUUGUUACUUAUUUGGUGUUUUUUUUUUUUUUAACAAAUUAAAAUUGCAUUACUGAUAAUGCAUUCAUUUUGCUAAAUUAACAAUGUAUAAAUAAUUUAUACUACAUAGGUUAUUUUUUUUAAUCAAUUUUAAUAAAGUAUUUAAAUUUAUUUUAAAAGAAAUUAUAAUAUUUAAAUAAGACAUGGGUUGUUGUUUUCCAAAACCUUCUGACGGGAAAAUAAUACGUAAAGAUGAUUACAAAUCAAUUACCAUCGAAUCUAGUUCUGCUCAAAAUUCAUCCUCUUCGUUUGGAAAUGUACUUCAGUCAAAUAUUGGAGUGACAACACCAAGUACUGCUGAAAAAUCAUCUUGCUCAAAUAUAUUGCACCAAAAUAUAAAUGUACAUUCAAAUAUUAGAGUAAAUGAAUCAUCAAAUGCUAUUCAAAAUUCAAAUUCAUCAUAUAGAUCAAAUGAAUCUAGAAAAACUUUAAGCCAAAAUGAUAAAGUUGAUUCUUCACAAUAUGUACCAAUAAAUAAACUUAGAACUGAACUAGAUAAAAAUAAUGGUAAAAUAUAUCCCUUAACUAAAAUUGUUACUCAAAAUAGUACAAUUAAUACUGUUCCAGCAUCGUUAAUGUAUCAAUAUAGAAAUGCAUUUAAUCAAAAUAAUGUUUCAACGAUUAUUACGAAUACUAAUACAAAUUUAACAUCAUUACCUGAAAUACAAAAAAGUAAGCAAAAUGAUAAACUAGCUAAGCCUAAAAUUAUUCGAAACUCAACUUCUUCGCAUAUACCAAACCAAUUUCAUAUUGCACACAUCCAAAAUAAUAGAAGAAUAAGUCCUUCUACUAAUCAAAGUUCUUUCUCUGUUCAAAAUACAUUUGCUUCACAUGCUUCAAAUCAAAUUAAGGAAAAUGGUGCAAGUUCGUUAACUUCAAGAAAAUUAAAUCAAUCAAAACAUCAAAAUAACCAUUCCAGAUUCAUUUCAAAUACUAGUUCAAAUUUAACAUCAUCUCCAGUAGUACACGAAAAAAAAUUUGGAGAUGGGAAACGUAUAAUACUUUCUAAACCUGUAAUGCAACUGUUACAAUUACUUUUUGAAGAUGAUUUUGAUAAUGAUCAUCAAAAAGCAUUACUUAAAUUAAAGAAACUUGAAACAACUAUAAAAUUACUAUCAAAAGAUGAACCCGAUUAUGAAAUGAUUUGUAAAUAUGUAAAAAAUUCUCAAGGACCAACACAUUCUUUUAAAGUAUCAAUUGAACAUAUAUAUGUAGGAUACAGAUGGGGAAAAUUAAAAGAUUUCAAGCCACUCAAAAAAUUAGGAAAUCGAAAAUUGUUAUGGCACGGUACACAAAUAUCAAAUUAUAUUUCAAUAUUGUCAAGUGGUUUGCUAACACUACCACCGUCUAAUGUUUCGGUGACUGGCAAAAUGUUUGGCAAUGGUAUUUAUUUUGCUGAUGUAAUUACUAAAUCUGCACAAUAUUGUAAAGCUAGUACAACCGAUCCAUAUGGUCUUUUGAUAUUAGCUCAAGUAGCAUUAGGUGAUGAGUAUGUUCUAACAAAAAGUGAAAAGAUUGUAAAUCUACCAUAUGGUAAAAAUUGUGUAAAAGGAAUUGGUAAAUAUCAGCAUAGAGAAAAUGAGAACAUUCGUACAAAAUAUGGUGUUGAAGUUCCUUGUGGUACACUUGAAUUAAGACACGAUAUAAAUACAAGUUUACGUUAUAAUGAAUAUGUUGUAUAUAAUCCUGAGCAAAUUCUUUUUGAAUAUUUAGUUUUAGUAAAGUUUGAUUAUUAAGAGAGAAAAAUUUGUACAAAAAGUUUGAUAGCAAUUAUUAUGAAUUCAUUGCAUUCUUUUUUUUUUAUUUUUAUAUCUAUGUAUACAUUUAUAUAUGUAUGUUUGUAAUGUAUAUGUAUGUAUGUAUACAAAAGUUUCCAUAAAUAAAAAAGCAGCGAUAAUAUUUACGGUAGAA